AGCCCCGCUGUGGCGCUGCACGGCCGGGCGGAGACAGCGACGGGUCAGUGGAAAAUGGCGGACGGUGUGGAUCACAUCGAUAUCUACGCCGACGUAGAGGAGGAAUUCAACCAGGAAGCCGACUAUCCCGUUCAUGAGCAGAUCGACCUGUAUGAUGAUGUAAUAUCACCGUCAGCCAAUAAUGGCGACGCUCCAGAAGACCGUGACUACCUGGAUGCACUUCCUGCACCAGGUGUCUCAGACGGAGGGAAAAGUGCCCCGCCUAACGUGGUGUACACCUACACGGGCAAAAGAAUCGCCCUGUACAUAGGAAACCUCACAUGGUGGACAACGGAUGAAGACCUGUCGGAGGCCAUCCGGACCAUCGGCAUCACAGACGUGUUGGAGAUCAAGUUUUUUGAAAACAGAGCCAAUGGCCAGUCAAAAGGGUUUGCCCUGGUGUGUGUUGGCUCUGAAGGGUCUUCCAGAAAGUUAAUGGAACUGCUUUCAAAGAGGGAGCUCCACGGUCAGAAUCCCAUUGUCACACCAUGCAAUAAGCAGUCGCUCAGCCAGUUUGAGAUGCAGUCACGCAAAAGUACUCAGUCGGGCCAGAUGUCUGGGGAAGGUAAAGCCGGGCCACCUGGUGCUGGUCCUCGAGGCAGUUUCCCCAUGGGCGGCCGAGGGAGGGGCAGGUUCCCUGGACCACCUGGCCCUGGAGGUGACCGUUUCCCAGGACCCGUAGGGCCUGGAGGUCCACCACCACACUUUCCUGGCUCGGGGAUGAGACCAGAUCUGGUUAGACACCAAGAUGGCCCACUGAUGGAUAUGGGUUUCAGUCCCUUCCCCCCCGGGGGCAGGAACGGGAGCUGGCGUGGCAGAGGUGGCUUGCAGGGUCCUCCGCGCCCCCCUCCUGGGCCUCCUGGCCCCCCAGGCCCUCCGGGUCCUCCACCUCCUGGUCAGGGCCUCCCCCCUCCCUUAGCUGGUCCUCCCAACCGUGGCGACAGGCCUCCUCCCCCUGUCCUCUUCCCUGGUCAGUUUGGCCAGCCACCGUUGGGACCCCUCCCCCCGGGGCCCCCUCCUCCAGGGUACGGCCCUCCUCCAGGCCCCCCUCCUCCGCAGCAGGGCCCACCACCUCCAGGACCCUUUCCCCCACGUCCCCCAGGCCCCAUUGGUCCUCCACUGGCGUUGGCUCCACCUCCACACAUGUCGGGGCCUCCACCGGGCGGCCCCCCACCUGCCCCUCAUGUAAACCCCGCUUUCUUCCCCCCGCCUGGCAACAACAGCAUGCCCCCCAACGACAGCCGAGGCCCCCCAGGACCAAACGACCCAUACGGACGCCCACCACCAUAUGAGAGAGACUACGGGCCCGGAGGCCGGGAGAUGGAGGCGUCGCGGACCCCUCUGAACGAGGCGGAGUUUGAGGAGAUCAUGAACAGAAACAGAGCCAUCUCCUCCAGCGCCAUAUCUCGAGCCGUUUCUGACGCCAGUGCAGCUGACUACGGCAGUGCAAUAGAGACUUUAGUGACCGCCAUCAGUCUGAUUAAGCAGUCCAAGGUGUCGGCAGACGACCGCUGUAAAGUCCUCAUCAGCUCCCUGCAGGAUUGCCUUCAUGGCAUCGAGUCAAAAAGUUAUGGCUCUGCUUCCAGGCGAGAACGCUCCAGGGAACGUGACCAAAGCCGCUCUCGGGAAAAGAGCCGGCGGCACAAGUCCCGCAGCCGCGACAGGCACGAGGACUACUACAGAGAACGCAGCCGCGAGCGCGACCGCCACCGCGAGAGGGACCGCGACCGAGACCGGGAGAGAGAGAGGGAACGAGAGUACCGACACCGCUAGAGGAGAACGGAGCUCACGAGGAUCAAGGAUGGAUUGGAAGGAAGGAAAAAAGGAGGACGCGCUCCCUGCCCAUCCUGCAUGACUGGACAGGAUUGCAACCGCCAUCUCUUCCUCCACCCCCUCCAUUUCUCCUCUCCUCUCCUUCUCCACCCAUCCUUCUCUCUUGUGUGUUGUCCGCCUGACUCAGAGCCGUGGACGGACGGCCCUGCCGACCUGUGUGAGGCUUUGUUAUCCAAACAUCUAUACUCCUGGUAACUAAAGAUGAAAGCGUAACUUUCUCUGAACACCUUUUUAUUUUCAUGCUGUUUUAUUUGGCAUCAAGAAAAAGUCAGUGUGAAGCUUUUUUUUUUUUUCUUUUUCUUUUUUUCCACCCCCCCAAUCGAAGUGGCCCGCACGAUCCCCCCUUAAUAGAAGACAAAUGUCACAUCUCGUUUGUUUUUUAUUUCUCCUUGGCUCGCUGUGCUGUGCAUAUUCAGUUUCGAGAUCAAUUUUUAUAGGAUACGUGUCGGAAGUUUCUUCCCCAGCCCCUCCCCACUCAUUCUCAUUUAUUCUUUUCAUGGUUAGUAUGUUUGUAAAUGUCUCUGCUUUUUGAUGAAAGACUAGAUGGUGUUGUAAUAAAAAUGUAUACCGAGGUACACUCUGCAUUUGGUGACUUCCUCCUCAUGUUUGGUUCAUUUAUAUUAAAUGUAUUCUUUUGGAUGACAGAAUGUUUUUUUUUUUUUCUUCACAUUGAAUUUGUCAACUUCAGGAUUAAUUUGUUUUAUUAUUUUUUUUUAGUUCUUGUACAUUGUUGUAGUAGUGCUACAUCUUUUGUUUGUUUUUGUUUCCAUAUGGAUCAGUGGGUCUCAAGGUAAGAGAAAUGACACUAAUGUACCUUGUUUUGCACUGAUUAGUGAAAGUAGAGGAAAUACAGACACCCAACCCCCCCC